AUGGACAAAAUUUCUGAAAUAAACAAUAAAAAUUUAUCUGAAAAUGAUAAUAAUAAUACAGAUCAAUAUGAAAUUUUCAAUUUUCCACAAGAAUUAGAACAAUCAAUUAACAAAAUACUCAAGUAUAAUGAUCCUUUGGAUGGAAGUGAUUUUAAUCCGAUAGAGUAUAUUAAUCAAAUCAUUCCAAAUGAACAUUCAUUGGCAUCAAUUGAUGUUACUACAAAAAAGCUUCAAUUAAAAAUGCGUCAAAUAGAGGGUGAGAUUAGAGAACUUACAAGAUUACAAGUCGAUGAUCAACAAGGAGUUGAAGAAGUCGAACAAGCAAAAAAAGAAAUCGAGGAACUUUUUGAACGGAUAAGGCAAAUACGCGAUAAAGCAGCUCAAUCAGUAGUUAUGGUACAAGAAAUAACUCAAGAUAUAAAAUCUCUUGAUUAUGCAAAAAAACACUUGACAUUGUCCAUCACUGCUCUAAAAAGAUUACAAAUGCUCGUAACUGCUGUUGAUCAAUUAAAAAUUAUGGCAGAAAUGAAACAAUAUAAAGAGACAUCACAACUAUUGCAGGCAGUUUUACAGCUUGCGGCAUUCUUUAAAAAAUAUAGAAAUAUUCAACAAAUUGCUGUAUUAUUAUCAACAAUAAAUACAUUUCAAAACGAUUUAAAAAAACAAAUAUUUAAUGAUUUUGAAUCGAGUUUUGGAACAGACGGGUUAUUGAAUGUUCAGACAGCACCACUCGAUGAAGCAUGUAUGGUAUUGGAUAUUAUAGGACAAGAUGUUAGAAAUCAGAUGAUUAAUUGGUAUUGUGAUAGACAAUUAAACGAUUAUAAAAGAAAAUUUAAAGGAAUCGAAGAGGCAAUUUUAAAAAACUAUGAUGAAGAACAUGCAAAUAUAUUUCCACAACACUGGAGAUUAAGUGAGGUACUUUGUGGUAAAUUUUGUGAUAUAACGAAGGAAGACUUGGCUAAAAUAUUGGCCAAGAUUGGAAAUGAAUUGGACGUGAAAACAUUAUUGAAAAAUUUGCAAAUGACUUUGGAAUUUGAAAAUCAACUAACUAAAAGAUUUAGUUUUUUGGAUAAGCCAAAGUUAUCAAAGACAUCAAAAGCGCAAAGUUCAGAUAAUGGUCAAAGAUAUAUCUUUAAUAAAAGUAUAUCUGUAAGUUAUGAACCAUAUUUAGGUUUAUACAUUGAAUCCGAAGACAAAACAAUAUCAAAUAUGAUUAGUUCAUACAUUACUGAGCCAAUCCCAGAUGAUGACACUUCAGUAUCAGUUCUACAAUCCAGCAUAGAUUUAUUUAUAUUUUACAAAGAAUCAUUGGAGAACUGUUCGAAAUUAUCAACCAGGAAGCCGUUAUACGAUUUAUUUACCAAAUUUGCUAAAUAUUUAAGAGUUUAUGCAAAUGAUGUGUUAAUUGGAAGGUUACCAAGAGAGGAAAAACGAGCAAUGUCAAAAGAUGAAUUGAAGUUGAUUUGUUAUAUUAUAAACACAGCAGAUUAUUGUUGUGUUACUACUUCACAGCUUGAAGAUAAAUUAAUAGAAAAAAUUGAAGAAUUCAAAGAAAAAAUUAGUUUGGAUGCAGAACGGGAUUAUUUUUCACAUGUUGUAGUAACGGCUAUUAAAACGUUAAUACGGGGUAUAGAAUUAUGUUAUGAACCAGCACUUGUAUCAAUGACCAAAAUACACUGGGGUACUUUGGAGUCAGUUGGAGAUCAAUCGGAAUACGUUACUAUGUUUCAAACAACUUUGAAAUCUUGUGUUGUUAGUGCACACAAAGAUAUUACAAAUGAUAAAUACUAUGAAAGUUUUUGCGAUAAAUUCGUCGAAUCAUUUGUUUCAAAAUUAAUAAGUAAUUUAUCAAAAUGUAAACCUAUUUCAGAAGUUGGCGCUGAACAGAUGUUGUUGGAUAUCCACGCAUUAAAAACAACAUUAUUGGAAAUGCCUACAAUGGGCAAAGAAAAUAUACCACCACCUUCUUCCACGUUUAUAAGAAUGGUUAAUAAAGGGAUUGGCAAAAUGGAAGCCAUAUUAAAAGUUAUACUUACACCACAUGAUCCACCUGAUGGGUUAACAGGAAAUUAUUUCUUAUUAAUAGGAGAUAAGAACUUGAACAAUUUCCAAAAAAUUUUAGAAUUAAAGGGAAUAAAAAAACCAGAUCAGCAACAUAUAAUUGAAAUAUUUCAACAACUUGAUGAUAUCGCUGAUGGUAGUAGUGGCGGUGGCGGAGGUAGCAAUAAAAGUACUAUUUCUGCUAAUAAAUUUAAUGAAAGUGUUCGAAAAGUUUUAAAUGCUAGUUGGAGAAGAAAAGAUAAUGCUGGCGGGGAAGGAAACAAAAAAGACGAAGAAAAAUUGUGA